CCUCGAUGGAUGAAUCACGUGCGCUCCGUCCCCACCGCUCUCUCCAAAGAUGGUGGCGUAGGCUCGGGAUUUUAAAACCGAGACUCACCAACUCGUAUUUACAACCACAUUAAGCCGUUUUAAUUUAUUAUAAGUUAUUUUAUCAGGAAAAAUCAUCCAAAUAUGCCUAACAUCAAAAUUUUCAGCGGCAGCUCUCACCAGGAUUUAUCACAGAAGAUCGCCGAUCGGCUGGGGCUGGAGCUUGGGAAAGUAGUCACGAAAAAAUUCAGUAAUCAAGAGACGUGAGUUUAGGCAACUCAAUGGCUGUACCAUCUUCUAGGUCACUAUUUCCCCAGAAUGUUUACUACAUUGUACACGAAUGAGGAAGAUUGUGGAGAUUGGCGAGAGUGUUCGAGGUGAAGAUGUUUACAUUGUACAAAGUGGUUGUGGAGAAAUCAACGACAAUCUGAUGGAGUUACUCAUCAUGAUCAAUGCCUGCAAGAUUGCCUCAGCCUGUCGUGUUACUGCAGUAAUCCCCUGCUUCCCUUAUGCAAGGCAAGACAAGAAAGACAAGAGUCGAGCUCCUAUAUCUGCAAAAUUGGUUGCAAACAUGCUAUCUGUGGCUGGAGCAGAUCACAUCAUCACUAUGGAUCUCCAUGCCUCGCAAAUACAGGGUUUCUUUGAUAUUCCAGUGGAUAACCUGUAUGCUGAACCAGCAGUACUUAAGUGGAUUAGGGAGAACAUUCCAGAGUGGAAAAACUGUACCAUUGUCUCUCCCGAUGCUGGUGGAGCAAAGAGAGUUACAUCUAUUGCUGACCGGCUGAAUGUAGAUUUUGCACUGAUUCAUAAGGAGCGUAAAAAGGCCAACGAAGUUGACAGAAUGGUUUUGGUUGGUGAUGUGAAGGAUCGAGUGGCUAUUCUUGUUGAUGAUAUGGCAGAUACGUGUGGCACGAUUUGUCAUGCUGCAGACAAGUUGCUCUCUGCUGGAGCUACCAAAGUUUAUGCUAUUCUCACACACGGAAUCUUUUCUGGUCCUGCUAUUUCCCGCAUCAACAAUGCCUGCUUUGAAGCUGUCGUAGUUACAAAUACAAUACCUCAAGAGGACAAAAUGAAACACUGUCCUAAAAUACAGGUUAUUGAUAUCUCCAUGAUACUCGCUGAAGCAAUUAGAAGAACUCACAAUGGAGAAUCCGUGUCCUAUCUGUUCAGUCAUGUUCCAUUGUAAUAUUUGCUAUCUACUGUUUGUGCAUAUUAUUCUAUCAAGUUUAAUUUUUCUUUAUCUUCCCCUCCUGCAUCAAAUGAUAAAAGAUGAUCUUUGUUGCUACAUUGUGGUACCAACAGAUCUCUGUUGGUGCAAAUGUUUUGUUUAAAUAUCCAUCAAUAUAUUAGAUGUUCACUGUUUAAAUGCAGCAGCUGUGAUUCGGUUUAACCAAAAUGAAACAUUUCAUAUCCCUCUUGGUAUCAAGAGGGCUUACUUUUUUUUAAAUCAUGUUUGGUGUAUUCCUGCCAUUCUUACUACAUUGCAAUAUUGAUUGCAACACAUCUGCCACAAUAGAAGCUGCUGAUUUUUGUAGCAGAUUGUCGAUAUUUUAGAAAACUGGAAUAGAUUUAUUUUUUGUUUGGAGGAGGAAGAAACUGUGUGAAUGUACCUCAUCUCCUGUUCAUGUUAUUAAAUUUGUGCUUCUAUCAUUGAGACAAUGCAUUUCGGCAAAUUUUGUGUAUUUCCCAUCUCAAAUAUUUGGCCUGAUGCAGACAAAGCAGGGGAUAACUUUUUUUUUUAUGCUGCCCUGUGCCUUAUUAGAAGUACAAUAGUUUCAUAGUUACAAAAUCCUAUUAUUGCAUGGUACUGGUGCAUUGCUUCUAAGAUGUGAUUGAAGCAGCUUGGUCUGUUCUCAGUCUAUUAUCUUCCAAGAAUAUUUCAAUGGAACCCUGGUGAAUAUGAAAAGCUUCUGAGGAUCCCAAGCAACUUUCUUUUGGCCCACAAGUCUUUUAAAAAAUGAGAAUUUAAUACAGGAUUCAAUUUUGUUGUAAAAUCCAAAUAAUUUGGAUCAACCAAUUCUAACUUGGCCUGUGUUAUAAACUUGAUUUGCUCAACAUCUUUAUUCUCAUUCUGUGUACAUUUAUGAGCCUUGUAUUAAAACAAAUGUUAUUAUCUCCUGC